AUGUCAUUCAGACCAGGAUCUAGAGGUGGUGCCCGUGGUGGCAGAGGUGGUUCCCGUGGUGGCUUCGGUGGCCGUGGUGGCUCCCGUGGUGGCUUCGGCGGCCGUGGUGGUUCCCGUGGUGGUUCUCGUGGUGGCUUCGGUGGCCGUGGUGGUUCCCGUGGUGGUCCAAGAGGCGGUUCCCGCGGUGGUCCAAGAGGUGGUGCCCGUGGAGGUGCUCGUGGAGGUGCUAAAGGUGGUGCCAAGGUUGUUAUUGAGCCACACAAGCACGACGGUGUCUACAUUGCCAGAGGUAAGGAAGAUCUUUUGGUUACCAAGAACAUGGCUCCAGGUGAGUCCGUCUACGGUGAAAAGAGAGUCUCCGUUGAGGAGCCAUCCAAGGAGGACGGUGUCCCACCAACCAAGGUCGAGUACCGUGUUUGGAACCCAUUCAGAUCUAAGUUGGCCGCUGGUAUCAUGGGUGGUCUAGACGAGCUGUUCAUCGCCCCAGGUAAGAAGGUUCUAUAUCUAGGUGCUGCUUCCGGUACUUCCGUUUCCCACGUCUCCGAUGUCGUCGGCCCAGAAGGUGUCGUCUACGCUGUCGAGUUUUCCCACAGACCAGGUAGAGAAUUGAUCUCCAUGGCCAAGAAGAGACCAAACGUCAUCCCAAUCAUAGAAGAUGCCAGACAUCCACAGAAAUACAGAAUGCUGGUCGGUAUGGUCGACGCCGUCUUCGCGGAUGUCGCCCAACCAGAUCAAGCCCGUAUCAUCGCCUUGAACUCCCACAUGUUCUUGAAGGACCAAGGUGGUGUCGUCAUCUCCAUCAAGGCUAACUGUAUCGACUCCACUGUUGACGCUGAAACCGUGUUCGCCAGAGAAGUCCAAAAGCUUCGUGAAGAAAAGAUCAAGCCAUUGGAACAAUUGACUCUAGAACCUUACGAAAGAGACCAUUGUAUCGUCAUUGGUAGAUACAUGAGAAGCGGUUUGAAGAAAUAA